UCAUAGGGGUUGUCGUGAGUGGUUGCGCGUUAAUUUCCGAAAUUCCCCGCAAAUGUAAGUGUGGCUUGUGACAGCUGGAGGUCACUUGUAAAAAUUGUUCGCUCUGUGGGUUUCUCCCACUGGCGGCGUAGCCCGAUUGACGUCAAGAUAUAUUUGUGCGCUGUUUACACGUAGAGGAAGUGUUUCAUUCGAUAACGGCAGCGAACGACGGCCUGCGACGGCUUCGCACAAAAUUGCGAUCUGCUGUCACCCCGGAGCAGCGGGCCUGCGGGUGACAAGAGCGGCUCGACACAACUGUUUCGCCGCUCUCAUGCUGGGACCCUUGUGACCGACGGCGGGCAGGCGACCUUGACGUGACCAGCAGCAGCAAUGAUGGAGGUGCGCGAACGUCGCGGCGCGUCCGCCUCGGCGGCGGUUGCGGUUUCCGGCAGCGGCGGUGUGGUAGUCGUCCGUCGCGGAGCGACCACCUCUACGGCGGCGCCCGAGCUCGAGGGCUUCCUGGACGACGCGUGCUUAGACGAAGACGAGACGUCGCUCGCGCCACCCGGCACUCCGGCCGAAGUAGACGACGAGGAGGAACGCGUGGACGAGGAGCUGUCGCUGCCGGCGCGCGCCGCCGAGCAGGCCGAGCACCUGGUGCGCAAGGUGCUCGAGGAGGCCGAACAGGCCGAGCAGCUAGUGCGCAAGGUGUGGGAGGAAGCGUGGAAGGUGUGCCACUUCAGCUCGCUGCCCCAGUGGCUGCAGGACAAUGACUUCCUGCACCGAGGUCACCGGCCGCCGCUGCCGUCGUUCUCGGCCUGCUUCCGCUCAAUCUUCCGAGUGCACACCGAGACGGGCAACAUCUGGACGCACCUGCUGGGCUGCCUGGCGUUCGUCGGCAUGGCCACCUACUUCCUCACGCGGCCCUCGGCCGAGAUCCAGUGGCAGGAGAAGGUGGUGUUCGCCAGCUUCUUCGCCGGGGCCAUCAUGUGCAUGGGCAUGUCGUUCACCUUCCACACCGUCAGCUGCCACUCGGAGAAAGUGGGCAAGCUGUUCAGCAAGCUCGACUACUGCGGCAUCGCGCUGCUCAUCAUCGGCUCAUUCGUACCGUGGCUCUACUACGGCUUCUACUGCGACACGCAGCCCAAGCUCAUCUACCUCACCGUCGUCGUGGUGCUGGGCAUCGCGGCCGUCGUGGUCUCCCUCUGGGACAAGUUCGGCGAGCCUCGCUAUCGGCCCCUGCGCGCGGGCGUCUUCACGGGCUUCGGGCUGAGUGGUGUGGUGCCCGCGCUGCACUACCUGUUUGCCCAGGGCUUCCUCAGCGCCGUGUACGAGGCCUCCUUCGGCUGGCUGUGCCUCAUGGGCGCGCUCUACAUCGCGGGCGCGCUCUUCUACGCGCUGCGCGUGCCCGAGCGCUGGUUCCCGGGCAAGUGUGACAUCCUGUUCCACAGCCACCAGAUCUUCCACAUCCUGGUGAUUGCUGCCGCCUUAGUCCACUACCACGGCAUCACCGAGAUGGCCAUGAAGAGGCUCACCAUGGGCGAGUGUCAGGACUGAGAG